AUAAAAUGCUGUCAAGGGACCCACUAGAUUCAGGCCGAACUUUCAAGGAACUUCCCCUCAGCAGUCGUCCAAGACCUUGUGUGUUGACUCAAUAUGCUAACUCUAUCGCGACGUGGGAUGUCUUCAACGCUGUCGCAUACGUCCAAGGUCGUGAGGUCUUAUGCCACUGCUCUUGAUAGCAAGGACAAGUAUAAGGUCGUCGUCGUAGGUGGAGGCUCUGGCGGAUUAUCGGUCGCCAACCAGAUUUAUAACCGCUUCAAAGCUGCUGGAAAGACGUUAAACAACGACGACAUCGCGAUCAUAGAUGCUGCAGAGUUUCACUACUAUCAGCCGGGAUGGACCCUCGUUGGCUCAGGGCUUCGCCGGAAAACCGAGUUCAAAAGGUCACUCCAGUCCUUAAUUCCAAGUCACUUGACGCGCAUCCCCGAGAACGUGCAAUCGUUCUCUCCUGAGCAGUCGGCCGUCAAGACCACGAGCGGCCGGACGCUCUCUUAUGACGUACUUGUCGUAGCUUCUGGCAUCAAGCCCAACUGGGAUUCUAUCGCUGGACUUCCAAGCGCACUUGCGGAUCCUUCGUCCGGCGUCUCCUCCAUCUACUCUUAUGAUACCUGCGACAAGGUCUGGAAGGAUGUUGAGGCUCUCAAGUCUGGUCGAGCUCUGUUUACCCAGCCUGCAGGUGUCAUCAAGUGCCCUGGUGCCCCUCAGAAGAUCAUGUGGAUGACCUGGGACAGGUACCAGAAAACCGGGCGUGGCAAGGACAUUCAAGUCGACUACCGCACCGGCAUGCCGACGAUGUUCAGCGUGAAGAAGUACUCUGACGAGCUAAACAAACUCCGCAUCGAACGUGGUGUCGGAGGCGAAUUUCAGCAAAACCUCGUUUCUAUAGAUGCCGGCAACCGCAAAGCGACCUUCCAGAAGACCGACGGAUCAAAAGUGGUGGAAGACUAUACGCUUCUCCACGCUGUGCCUGUGAUGGGUCCCAUGGACUUCCUCAAGGGCUCUCCCAUUGCUGACGCUGCUGGGUGGGUGGAGGUUGACCCCGCGACUUUGAGACAUGUCAAGCCGGAGUAUGGGAACAUCUUUGCUCUCGGAGAUUGUACGAAUCUACCUACCGCCAGGACUGCCGCUGCUAUCACGUCGCAAGCCCCCGUGCUGACCGAGAACCUAUUUUCUGUUGUCGACACGGGCGACGUCAGCUCCGCCAAGUAUGAUGGAUACUCCAGCUGUCCGCUCCUCACUGGAUAUGGCGAGCUGAUGCUGUGCGAGUUUAAGUAUCCCUUCGUACCUAAAGAGAGUUUUGCUCAGUAUCUCGGAGAUCAAACGAAGCGCAGGAGGAUCUUCUAUCAUAUGAAAAAGGACCUCUUCCCUUGGGCCUACUGGAACAGGAUGAUCAAGGGUACCUGGUAUGGCCCCAACGGUAUUGUCCGCCCGAAAUUCUCAUGAAGAGCCGGAACCUACUGCAUCGUGUACAUGAUGGCAGUUACAUAUGCCUACAUGUAUGAUUGAUAUUCGUUGUAUUGCUAAUAUAAA